UUCCGUCUGCAGUGGAGGAAGCAAAUCGAAACUCCUCAAUGAGUUCACCUUCACAUAAAUAGUUUGAGUCCCUCUUUCUCCGCCAGCUCCUUUUCACCACCCCGGCACCAUGAACGGCUCCGUGCACUCCUCGCCCGAUGUGGUGGAAAUCCUGCUGAAACGUGGACCGGCGGGCUUGGGGUUCAACAUUGUUGGAGGCGUGGACCAGGAGUAUGUGAUGAAGGACAGUGGGAUAUAUGUGUCCAAAAUCAAAGAGGAUGGAGCUGCAGGGCUGGAUGGAAGACUCCAAGAGGGAGACAAGAUCCUUUCAAUCAACGGAAUCGUGCUGGAGGAUCGGACACACAAAGCUGUGGUGGAGCUGUUCAGGACGGCGGGGGAGGACGUGGCACUCCUUGUUCAGAAAAAGCCACCCCGUCAAAUGAACGGACCCGUAGAAUCCAACCCGGACAGCCCUCCUCCAGCAUCGUAUUGGACAACAAUACUGAUAGCAGCGUUGGCGAGCGCCACCAUCAUCUCCCUGUUGUUAUACAGGCGGCGCAAUUAGGAGGCACAUUUACCCAAGCCGAUGACGUCUGUAUGUUCCUUUUUUGUUUCUUUUUUUUUUUUUUUUAAAUCAGAAACUUUGAUAAAAGCCAAAGAUGCGAACGAGGGGAAAAUGUCUGAAUGGUAGACUCUAUUUUUUUCUUUCUGAUUAGCAGGUGUUUGUGUCACUCAUGAGUUUCUCCGUGUAUUUUUAUGUGAUCGAUGGUAGCUUCUUCAGUGCUUUCCUAUGCAAAAGGACGACGUGUCACUAGGUAACCUCGUAGAGGGAAGCAGAAGGAGGACGUACACGUUCGUGCUGCUGAGCUGAGCUCAGCCCGAAACAAUCUGAAGCUUCUUGAGUCAAAAUGAAAUGUCAGGCUGUGUGUGUGUGUGUGUGUUUGUGUUCAGUUGCUGGUAGGCCUGUCUGCUCCUCCGUGAUGGGAGACGGCGUGUGACCAUCCAGAACUCGCAUGGCCGGCUUUGAUUUUCAUUUUGUAUUGUUGCACAGCAUCGUGGGAGGAGCAGCAGGACAACCUGCAGUGGCGGUGACUAAUGGUGACGGAGAGGUUUCUUAGUGCCUUGUUUCCAGCCUGUCCAUUUCUAUUGCUGCUCCUUGUCAUGAUCCCAAUGAAAAUCAUCCACACACUCUGUCCAACGCAUUUGAUUUUACUUUCGUUUUAUCCUGCAGAAAACACCCAAAGCGCGGCAGUUAGACCAAAUUUCUAUACUUUCGAACACCCUCGACUUCAAGCUUAUUUAAUAAUCUAAAUCUUUAAAAGCUGGUCAAAAAUGUUUCUUCUCUCCCUAAAAAUGCCAAUUGUUUUCUGAAAUGCAGCUGGAGCAGGGGACUAGAGUGCAUUUGUCAGUGACUUAUUGGAUGCGGAUUAAUACAAAUGGAGUGCUCAGCUGAGUAUCCGCAGCAGCAGCUCAGUGUUUGUGGGAUUAACGGCGCAACAGUUUGGCUCACUCAUGUGUUUUUAAUAGUUUGUGUCUGAGAGCGAAGCCCUGUGGCACGGACAAAUAAACCAUAUCUGAUUCAACUUUUUUUUUUUUUUUUUUUUGUGGGAUUUAAAAACGGAGCGAUCGUCAGCGGAUGUAGCCGUGGAGGCAAAACCAGCUCCAAGUGUCGCCAAGUAGUAUUAACUUUCACGAGGUGUCUAGUCAUUCAGGAUCCAGGUCACGCAAUCGUAACAAUGCUAUCUGAUAUUCCAGUAGAGCUAUUUUGUGACGGACCAACAGCUAAAAACAGAAAAGCAGCCAAAACAAAGUAGCUUCCAGCCGCUUUUUAGGUUUUCUUUUCUUUUUGCACUAUCCACUCUCAUGGAACUCCACCCAUAUCUACCGCCAAGUCAAUCCAGUAUAAGUGUUUUUUUUUUCUUCUUUAUUUGCUCCACACCUGUCGUGUUAAACGUCCCCGACUGGAUGUGGUUUGUUGUGUGUAAAUACAUUUCAUGUCGCUCUGCUGAGUGGGACUGUGAAUAUGUUUCCAAAUGCCAGAACCAGUGGAUCAAAAGGCACUAAUAAAUUAUGCAAAUACUGUGUGUUUGACAUCCAGACACCUAUUAAAAUUCAUGUUGAAUUC